AUGGUAUCAAUCGACAUCGAAGAUGAAUAUGCUAGAUUCAAUGAUUUGCAAACCGAUACGGACUUGUCAAAAAUAUUAAAUGAGAGUCAAGAGUAUCAACGAAAGUUUUUAACUUCUAGUACAAGUAAAGUUUCAAUCAAUACAAAUGAUAUUUGGUCAACGGCAGGGGCAAAACCUGGUACAGGUUUUCGACCAUCAACGAAAUUUCGUAGUCCCGGCACCCCACAUCGACCUGGGACAGGUUUUCGUCCAGGAAGUAGUGCACGUCUUGGUACCGGUAUGCGCUUAGGUACAGGUUUUCGACUUGGUACUGGCUAUCGUCCUGGUACUGGAAUUCGUUCUAUUACAAAUGAUGAUUUCACACGUCCUAUGACUGGUUACGGGGACGGAAUGAAUCGUCCUAUGACUGCUGUUAAAGGUGCUGGAUAUACAUCUCAAGGACGACGUACAACUGAUAUGUUAUCGAGUCGAACACCUGAUGGUUCUUCGAAUUUGGAAUCUCCAUUAGAAGAAUCGCCAGAAGUUAAACUUCGAAAUAUGGAGAAUAAUAUCAUGAAUUUGAUUGUAUCGUCAAUAACAGCAAACUCAUCUGGUGAAUUACAAAGAGCAUUAACUUUGGCUAAAGAUGCGUCAACUAAAGAACGGAAUUUAAUUCGUUUACAAGAACAAGCUGGUCUCAAUGAUAGCCAUAAUAUGGAUUUAACUUUUUCGGUAAUUUUCAAUUUAGCGAAUCAAUAUUCAUCGAAUGAAUUAUACACAGAAGCUGUAAAAACUUAUCAACUAAUAACAAAAAAUCGUAUGUUCCCGAAUUCGAAUCGUUUAAAAAUUAAUAUGGGUAUUAUUUACUAUAAACUUGGAUACUUCCAAAAGGCCAUAAAAAUGUUUAAAAUGGCGUUGGAUCAAGUACCAACAACUCAGAAAUAUUUACGAACAAAAAUUAUGCAUAAUAUUGGUAUAUUGUUGAUUAAAGUUGCUAAAUAUGAGGAUGCAUGCAUUAAUUUUGAAUAUAUUAUGACGGAACAACCGGAUUUUAAAGCUGGUCUACAUUUGCUCUUGUGUUAUUUUGCACUGGGGAAUAAAGAUAAGAUGAAACGUGCGUUUACGUUGCUUUUAGAUGUGCAGCUUAAUAUUGAAGAUGAUAAAUUUGUUAAUGCUAAUAUGGAUGAUGUAAAAAAUGAUAUUUUACAUAAAGUUAUCGAAAAUGAUCGUUUAUCAAUGUACGAAAAACAAUUACGUAUCGAAGCUGAAAAUACCGUUUUAACGGCAGCGAAAUUAAUAGCGCCUGUUAUUGAAGACACUGUUAGUUCUGGCUACGAUUGGUGUAUAGAAGCCGUACGUGUAUCAAAUUAUUCACCAUUAGCUGGCAAUUUGGAAAUCAAUAAAGCGAUUAUGUUUUUAAAAAAUCGUGAUUUACAAUUAGCAAUUGAUACGUUAAAAGGUUUUGAGAAACAAGAAAAUAAAGUUGCUGGUGCAGCUGCUGCUAAUCUGUCAUUUAUUUAUUAUUUGCAAAAAGAUUUAAUAAAUGCAGAAAAAUAUGCACAAAUAGCAAUUGAUUCGGAUGAUUAUCGUGGCUAUGGACUCAUAAAUAUGGGUUGUGUUGAAUUGGCAAAAGAUAAUCGUGACAAAGCUAAAGAAUUAUUUUUAUCUGCAUCAGAAAUUGAUCAAAGUUCUGUGGAAGCCCUUUAUAAUCUUGGUCUAAUUCAUAAACAAGAUGGCUCCUUCGAAGAUUCCUUAGAAUGUUUAAAUCAAGUCAAUAGUUUUGUACCACUAACACCAUGGGUGCUAUAUCAACUGGGACAAGUUUUACAACAGAAUAACGACCCAGAUGCCGCUGCUGAAAUGUAUAACGAAGCUUUGGGUACAUGUCCAGGUGCACCAGGUCUAUUUACCGCGCUCGCUGAUGUUCAAGAGAAAUUACAUGAACCACAAAUCGCUUACAAUUAUUAUUCAGAAGCAUUCCGUUAUUAUCCCUCCGAUUUUAAUGUCAUUAAUUGGCUUGGAUCGUAUUUUAUUAAUUUACAUUUAGCUGAGAAAGCUUUAUACUAUUUUGAACGUGCAGCUAAAUUACAACCAAACGAUCCAAAAUGGAAGCUAAUGGUAGCAAGCUGUUACAGACAAAGUGGAAAUUUACAUAAUGCACUGAAAAUUUAUGAGCAAAUUCAUAAGCAAUUCCCUGAUAAUGAAGAUUGUUUGAGGUAUUUAAUACGAAUAUGCACCGAUUUGGGUUUGAAACAAGUUACCGAGUAUUCGUCUGAAUUGAAACGUAUUGAAAAAAGUAAGGAGGUACGGGAACGGAUUGGAAGUAGUCGACCGGGAACAUCAAGACCUGGUACUUCAAGACCUACGUCUAGACGUUCUGGCAGUGGAUUAUCUUCAAGAUCUGGUUCUGGACAAAAUGCAGGACGUCGUAGUCCACAAAUUUUACGCCUGUCAGCUGGUUUAUCAUCAAAACAACUACCACGAAUAUCUAGUGCGAAUGCUGACGAUUUACGAAGUAAUUCAUUUCAAUCCCAAGGAUCUAUUGAUGCUAGUUACAUGGAUCCAUUGGGUCCAAUGGAAAGUCGUCCACGUACAUCGGCUGGCAAACCGCCAGAGGAUGAUUUUGCUGAUGAAGAGUUAGGAGAUGAUUUAUUACCUGAAUAAAUUUGUAUUUUAUA